UUUCGCUACAAUCGCAGUUUUUCUUACCCUCCGUCUAAUCAUACAAACCAUGCGUGGCGCGAGAUCUUUCCAGAGGAGGGAGGCUUCUUCGUUCAUCCCGUUAUCGCCCCGACUCGUAGCACAUUCUCAGUGUUUCACCAGCUUCAUUGCUUGAACGCGCUGCGGGGCGGCUACUGGGCAAGCCACCAUGCCGCCGUUCAAGGUCAUAAGCUGGUGGACGAAGAUCUUCCGGUGGAUAUUCAAGAGAGCCAUAUACGUCAUUGCAUUGACCUUGUCCGCCAGUCACUCAUGUGUCAAGCGGAUACAACUCUGGAGGUCGUUGACGAGAAGAUCAAUGGGGUUCAUGGAUUCAGGACAAUGCACCAGUGUCGGGACUGGGAGCAAUUGAAAACAUGGACUAGUGAACAGCAGAGGAAGCAACAUGUCGAGCAGAUAGUCUAA